AUGUACGUGUGCCUGUGCGAGAAGGAAGUGCACACACCCACACCCCGAACACGCACGAGCCGCGUAUGAGCUCACGGGACAGUCACGGUGCUCUGAGUAACUCGUCGGGUGUGUCUGUGCCCACGCAUUCCUUGCAGGGAAGGUCCUCUGCUGCAACAAGUGUGGUGUCGUUACAGCAGGUGAAGCGGAACGAGAGCCACGCGCAUACCUACACGCACACACAGGCGCACAUGGAGAGAGAUGAGGCCGCCAGUCGGUCUGUGCGAGCACUCGAAGCCAAGGACGGCGAUCAAAGUACCAACAAACCCCUAAACUCUAAAGACCAAGGUAAUGCACGGUCACGAGCAGCCAGUCAGAAAAGUCGAUCCAGUCUCAGAUCUUUAGAGAUGCAGUCCAACGCUGUGGCACAAGCACAAGCCCUCAAAGAGGUGCUAAAAAUAGAUUCCAACGAUGUUCUAAAAAUAGAAUCCAGUUCAAACGAUGAGUUAGAGGGUAUUGAUCUCAGCGGCCUCGAUGUCAGUACAUUAAAUCAUCGUCGCGCGACAACAGGCGUCAAUAAGAGGAAUUCUCGGUCAGCCGAGAGCACACUAAAUCAGUCGCAGACAUCCACUCCGUCCAACUGGAGUGAGAAACCUAGCCCCAAAACCAGACCCGUAUCUGUGAAUAGUUUUACCCGGCCUGCUUUGGUGUCUGUUGAUGGCUUGGGUAUGGGCUCACCACGUAUGCCGUCGGGUAUGUCGGGAAGCACAGGAAGGUCGACGUCUAUAAAUAGAUCGCGUUCCACCAAUAGAAACCGUUCUAUGAAUAGAUCGCGGUCAAUAAAUAAGUCCCACAUUGUCAGUCUACCCGCGCCGAAGGAGAACAAUGACCCAUCGCUCGACGUGUUCGGUGACACCAGCGAUGACCAUAAAAGUAGCGACGAUGAUUUUGGCGCGGCUUUUUCUGGAAGCAUCAACGUCAACAAACUCGAGAAUUCCUACAACAACCUGCUAUGA